AUGGCUCCCAAGGUCUUUGUGACUGGCGUUACUGGCUACAUCGGAGGCACGGCCUUUGACAAAAUCUACAGAGCCCAUCCCGACAAUGAGUACACGAUCCUUGUCCGCAACGAAGCACGAGCCGAAAUCGUAAAGGCCAAAUACCCAUCUGUCAAGUUUGUCUACGGUGGUCUUGACGACGUCGAUGUCAUUGAGCAAGCUGCUGCCGAAGCAGACGUUGUCAUUCACACCGCAGACUCAGCCGACCAUGCCCCCAGUGCCGCGGCCAUUGCCAGGGGCUUGGAAAAGGGCCACACGCCCGAGAAGCCCGGGUACUGGAUUCACCUCUCCGGCACAGGCAUCUUGACCUGGUACGACCUCGUCAACGGCAGAGAGGGCGAACCUCCGCUGCCCGCAGAGAAAUACCACGACAUCGACGACAUCGACCGCAUCCUGAACCUCGACGACCGCGCCCCCCACAGAGACGUCGACAAGAUUGUCCAAGCUGCCGCUUCGGACUCUGUCAAGCCUGCCAUCAUCUGCCCGCCUCUCAUCUUUGGCCAGGGCUCUGGUCCCGGCAACACGGAGACCAUCCAGAUCCCUACCCUCGUCGAGAUGACUUUGCGGUCAGGCUUCGCGCCCGUCGUCGGCCAGGGCAAGAACGAGUGGGACUACGUACACGUUGACGACGUUGGCGAGAUGUUCCUGAAGCUGUUCGAGGCCACGCAAGAUCCUUCAAAGAGGAGCAACCCCGAGAUAUUUGGCCGCCAUGGCUACUUUUACGGACCAAAGGGCGUCCUCAACUUUGAAGUGAUUGCGGAGCGGGUCGUCGAGGAGAUCAAGAAGCAGGGCUUCUUGAAGGAUGUGACAAUCAAGCACGUCAGUCUGGCCGAGCAGAAGCAGCUCAAGGGCUAUGUCCCUGUUGCGGAUUCGCUGGGUCAAAACUCCAAGUCGGUGUCUCAGAGGUUCAAGAAAUACUUUGACUGGGAACCCAAGGUGGAUGCCUCCGUGGAGGACGAUGUUGCCAAUGUUGUCCGGAAUAAGGCAAAGAGCCUUGGGCUGUAA